AUGCCCAGAGCUGUCAGGCAGCCCCAGACAGCGGUCCCGGCUCCCCUGGCACACCGCCCUGGCUUGGCACAGGGGCCAGCCCGUGCUGCGCCAGCAGCCCCUGCACCAGCACGAGCUCCUGCUCCAGCUCCUGGGCUCCGCAGCUCAGCCCCGGCACGGCAGCGGCACGUUCCCCCAGCACCUGCAGCGCCCGUGCCGCCAGCCGGGCCCUCACCAGCAGCACGGCCACGGCCACGUGCAGCUUGGCACAGCCCAGAGCCUUCAUCCCCCAGCAGGCAGCAGCCCCUGCGGAGAGAGCAGGCAAAGGAACCGUAA